UAAUUGAUGAGCGAAGUGCUGUUCUUCAACUUCUUAGAUUUGUGAUGCUACAAAAAUUUUCGUUAAUUGGAUUUGCGAAGACGAUGCAGGAAAUCGCAAUCGAAGCAGUUUAAUCUGAGAGAAGGGCGAGAAAAAUGUCGAAUCCUGCGGAGCAAAUCCAAGAAGGAGCAGAGCCUAAACCAUCUGAUCUGAACCCUAGCGACCAGAGCGAUCACUCUCAAGAAUGGGAAGUCAUGGCGCGAGCGUGGCUUUCCUCAUUCCCCGAGGCCAAAGCUGGGUCCAUGGAAGAGGUUGAAGCUUGGAUUGACUCCAACCAUGCCUCUUUACCUGGAAACCUCAAAUCAAUGCCCCGCUCCGACCUUUGCCAGAGGCUCAUUUCUAUCCAGAAUUUAAUGAGACUUUCCGCUCAGGGAAAGGAAGAGAUUCAGGGCGAUCAGGUUGAUCGAGCUGAUCGGGCUGAUCAGGGUGAACAGGGCGACCUUCCACAUGCUCGAUUUCAACGGACCGACCAGUGGAUACCAGUUUAUUCUUGGUUAGAAUCUCUACAACAAGAUGAGGUUGUCAAGUCAAAGGAAAUAUCUGAUUGGUUAACUGAAAAUCCUUCCAUCAGAGAUCAGUUGUGUUCUAGACAUUCUCGAUAUCAUUUAAUGCACUACAUCAAAAAGUGUCAUUUGAAGAUAUUGAAAAGAAAGGAAAAGAAAAAGGGUUCUCAGCUGCCUGAAAAAUCUCCUCAAAAGUCUCCUCUAAAAGUGCACAAGGAUGUUGUGAUGAAACCAGCAUUGCCUCCACGCGAUUCAUUUAGCGAUCUACCGAAAGACAGCGACGUAUAUUUAGCAAAACGAAGGGAAGCGUUUCGAAAAUACGAAAUAUUAGUGGAGUUGGAGAAGUUGCUUUCCACCAACCUUUGCAAGUCUGAAGGAGUCAAAUAAUUGGAGAAACUUUGGGAACUGCCAUCACACUGCUCUGCUGCGUAUUAUGGGACAUAGGACCAAGUUGUAAGCCAUUGCAGGUUUUUUUUACCUUGUGCACUGCUGAAUCUUGUGGCCCCAUUGCUCUGUUUUCCUUCUUGGUGGCUAAUCUAUUAGAUAUUUAAGUCAUACUUUGUAAAAUGUUGAUAUCGAUUCGAUCGUGUAUGGGCGUACCGACUAGUUUUAGAUAGUUCUGGAGAAUACUUUUUUUUUCUACGAUAUUUGUCGGUUUGCGUUUUGUAGAAUGAGGAACACAUACCAAAUUGUAAAUUUGGUUCCGGUCCGUGUUUAUAAAGUUAGAAUUUUAUUCUUAUAGUUUGAUGAG